AUGUCGAAAAUGGCGUCUAUGUUCCGCCCUAAGAAGCUUGAUCUCUCUGGGUUUGUCAACACCCGUUUAAUCCGUGACCACAACAAGCGCAAUGCCGUUGAACAGACCGAGCCCGAACGCCAAGCGCUCCGCUACAUGAUCCGCAACACCAGUCUUCCCCAGCGAGUCCGCGCCCAGGCUCAGCUCCAGCUCUCCCAGAUGCACGCCUACACCCGCCCAACCCAGAUCAAGAACCGCUGUGUGGCCUCAGGAACUGCGCGUGCUGUCUUCCGUGACUUUAGAAUCAACCGAUUCCAAUUCCGUAUGCAGGCGCUUGCGGGUGAGCUUCCAGGAGUCAAGAAGGCCAGUUGGUAA